UCGGACAAGCUAUUCACAGCAUAAUAUUCCAUUACAAUCAUGUAAAUAAAAUGAAAUAUGUAAUUGUGAAGCUGAUAUUGCUCGGUUUAUUACAAGUCAAUGGCAAAUCGGACCUUUGAACAAUGCCUUUAUAAUAAUUAGUUAUCUUACGGCUUGAGCAAACAAACGUCUGUAUACAUGCAUGCGUCGGCCGCUUCUUAAUAAAAAGGGAUUACAUAAAAACGACUAUUUUGGUCUUUGUAAACAUUUUCGAAUACAGGGUCGCAGGUAAUCCGAAAGUUAAACAACAAAACUACCCAUGCGCAAUUUUGCGAAAACUAAUUAUCAUUGUUAUGUAUCAUAAUUACAUUUUCAUUACAGAUUCGAAAAUAAAAUAUAAUCAGGCUGUUUACAGAGUAGAUCGGCCAUAAAUCAUAUUUAAAUAGCCAAGACAAACAAUUGAUAGGGUAACAUUUAAAUAAAUAAACUGAAAUGGGCGUUGAUAAUAAUUGUUCCUCCUCCCUCUGCGUUCCAAUGAUAACUUUCUUCAAGUGGAAAAGUCAUUCCAUUAUUGACUAUCGAGAAGAGAGAAUGUGUUUAGUAAGUUGGUGAGAGCUUUUAUUAAUAUUAUAGUAGUAGAACGAGGCGAUGGCGUUGACGAAGUCGAAGAGUAUAGAAGCGGAGCUUCAGACGAUGGCUCUGGAUGCAGCGGAUUCAGAGGAUACGGUGCAGCUGACUUUUUGCCAGAAAGCCAAGCUGGUCUUCACAAAUAUAUCAGUGGAGCCGAUAUUGGUAUGUUACACUCUUCCUAGCGUGAUGUCCAGUUUGGCAGUGCAGAAUCUGAACUUGGAAAAGGCCUGUCGCGUGGAUUUAGCAUUGAAUGGGACAGUCUGUGAUGCUCUGGCCGACAGAAAUAGUUCUGGUUAUACGGAAAUAGAAGAAAUUGAAGUUCAGAAGCUCGUUGCAACGGCGAUGGCAUGGAAGAACGUCAUACAAAGUAUGAUCCCGGCGUUGUUGCUCAUGUUCCUCGGUUCAUGGAGCGAUCGUCACAAUAGAAGGAAGCCUUGCAUCCUGUAUCCGAUAUUGGGAGAAAUCGCGGCCGGUUUUGUAUUGAUCCUAUGCACCUAUUAUUUUUACGAACUAUCAAUUAUGUACGUCGUAUUGGCUGAAUCGAUUCCUGUCGCAAUCACUGGCGGAUGGUUCUCCAUGUUCAUGGGUGUCUUCAGUUACAUAAGCAGCGUUUCAAGCACCGAGACGCGCACUUUGCGAAUCGGCGCUGUAAAUUUGUUCUCCAACGUCAGUUUGACCAUUGGAAUAGCGCUCAGUGGUAUCCUCUACAAGCAGAUAGGUUUCUAUGGGGUCUUCUCCUUGGCAGUGGGCAUGUAUACACUCGGUUUCUUGUAUGGAUCGUUUAACGUGAAGGAAUGCCCGGAUAAUCCGGAUCAGGAACAGAACGAGGUGGUGGUAAACAAAGGCUUUUUCGCCGAUUUCUUCGACAUGAAGCACGUCAAGGAUACGCUGGCUGUGGCGUUCAAGCAGGGCGCCAGAAACAGGAAGAAGAGAAUUUGCACAAUCAUGAUUUUAGUUAUGGUCAUCAUAGGCCCCAUGCACGGUGAAAUGAACGUUAUGUAUUUAUUUGUUAGAUACAAAUUCCAAUGGAGCGAAAUCGAUUACAGUAUUUACUCAACAUUUAACUUCGUUGCCCACAUGACAGGUACUUUGUUCUCAUUAGGAUUCUUCUCGAAAUACCUCAAAUUGGACGAUUCAAUUUUGGGUAUGAUCUCGAACAUGAGCAAAAUCUUAGCGUGCUUAGUGUUCGCAUUCGCCGGUUCGUCGACUGUUUUCUACAUGGGUGCUAUUGUUGAAAUGUUCAAUGGAACAUCUUUCAUUGCAAUGAGAUCCAUCAUCUCGAAGCUGGUUCCUCCAGAUGAAUUAGGAAAAAUUUAUUCACUCUUCGGUGUCUCUGAAGCGCUGAUGCCUUUGGUGUAUGGACCCAUGUACAGUAUAGUAUACAGAAACACGAUCAACUAUCUUCCCGGAGCGUUCUUCCUAGUUGGCGGAUUUCUCACAAUACCAUCAGUAUUGAUUUUCUUUUGGCUUUAUACCGAACAUAAAAAAGACCAGCUAGAGGACGAAUUGAAUAAGAAGCACGAGAUGGAACCAUUGAAUAAAAACAAUGGAAUGAUUAUCGAAGAAAUUAUUAUAAAUACGAGCAAACACUCAAUCAAUGCAGAGACCACCGAAACAAACUAAAUCAUUUCAUAUGUAAUUUUAUAUGUUAAAGUUAAGUUCAAAAAGUUUC